AUGUCGGAUUCGGGAAGCUCGCAAGAAAGAUUAAGUCCGCCUAAAAAGAAAAAACUUAAAUAUCAUACAAGCUUUGAUGGAAGUUGGUUGAACGAUCCUCUCUUUAGUGCUUGGCUUAAAAAACGAGAUGAUUUUACCGCUGAAUGUAAGUUGUGCAGAACCGAUAUUUCAGUAAAAUACGAAGGUAAAAGAGCUCUAGUUGUGCAUUCGGAAGCCCCGCUAUCGCAAGAAAUACUUACAUCGGAACUGCAGGAGUCUACUUAUUUUUCUCUUGGAACAGACUCGUCCAACAAAGGGAAUUUAAAAAUGUUUCCAGUGACGGUGCAAUGGUUUUCACUUAAAGAUGGUUUAAAACAAGGUUUACUUGACUUUUAUCAAGACCCUGCUGAAACAAGUGAAGCUAUUAAAACACACCUUUGUAAAGUUUUACAGGAAAACGGCUUCUCCUGGGCAUCCGUAUCUUCACUAUCCGCAGAUAAUGCUUCCGUCAACUAUGGUAUUCAUAACUCAGUUUUUCAAAAACUUAAAAUUGAAAACCCAAAUAUUUUGAAGGCGAAUUGUAAGUGCCACAUUUUACACAAUUGUAACAAAUAUGCAUUAAAAGCUUUACAGUUUGAUGUGGAAUCGUUGGUAUUGAAAGAUUACAGCGAAUUUUCCGCGUUUGCCAAGCGAACUGCAAAGCUCAAGGAAUUCUUCGAUUUCGCUCAUUUAGAGUACAAGUCUAUACUCCGCCAUGUGCCUACACGAUGGCUUUCUUUGCUUCCAGCUUUAGAUAGACUUUUGUUGAAUUGGCCGAUUUUAAGGGAAUAUUUUCUUAAUGAAGGCAAAGACGACUGUGCAGAAAUAAUUUGGAAAGCCUUUAAAUUAUACACGAAAUUGCAUCUAAACAGAGAUGUUUCAUCUGAAUUGUGCGACAAUGAGGUUAAAGAAGGCGAUGGUUUAAUGAGGGAAAUCGAAUUGCUUAACCAGUUGGUGAGUGAAAUGAAGGAUAAAAAUGAUAUUUUAAAGCAAAGCAAUCGUUUACUAGUUGAAAAAUGUGAAUAUCUAAAUAAACCUAAUAAUGUGAUCCCGGAGCAAAAAAUGUCAACAAAAAACGACAAGUCAUAUGCGGCUACGGCGAAGAAGAACCUAAAUUUGAACUUGCCGCCACAUCCUACCAAUGUUAGAAGCGAAAAAUCACAAGAUCCAAUAACACCAAAUGUCAAGCAUCCUAACCUCUCUAAUGGAAGUAAACAAACAUUUAAUCAACUUCAAUCAAAUAAUGCCAGUACCAGCAAACAAAUUAGCAAAAUACCAAGUAAGAAGUUAGGCACCAAUACCAAUUCAAACAGCAAACUACAAGGUGUAGCUAAAAAGGCUUGGAUCUAUUUAUAUAGAAUUCAACGGUGUUCCACAGCUGAUGACGUGCUUGACCACGUAAAAUCAAAAAACGAAUUUAAAGAUGCAGACAUCACAGUUAAAGAGCUGCCAACAGAGUCAACACAACAUAAGUAA